AUGCCCCCAGGAAUUCCUCCAGAGGGGUCAAGUUGGGGCUCUGGACAGCUGAACAGGCGGGGAGCUGGGUCGGGCCCGGGAGCAGACGCGCUGGACACACAGGGUCCCGCGGCAGCCCCGAGGGUCCCGGCUGCAGCUCUCAGGGCGCUCGGACGGGGCCGGCGCCGCUUACCUCGACGGCUGCGUGGGGAUUCGGCGGAGCUCGGCUGGGACUCCGCGCGGGCGGGGCGCGGGCCGGCGGCGGGGCAGGCGACGCGGCGCACUGGGCUCCACCCGGGCUCAGGUCCGCCGCCUCGGGGAGGAAGUGGUGUCAGCCCUGCCCUUCCCACGCAGCGCGCAGACGUGAGGCGCCCGCCGCGCCGCUUUGCAUCGAGGUGCCACGAGGGCGCUCGGUUCGAGACACACGGGGAGGAGCACGGGUGGAUGCAGACUCUUGAAACUCGGGGACUGCUUUUUCCAACUAAUCGGCUUAAGGACACUGAGUUGGCGCGGGCGAAACUGCGAAGAAACAGGCGCUCUGACACGUUGCCGGUGGAACUCCAAAACGGAAGUGGAGUCCCUUUCUCUCCCUCCCCCUUGAAUGUGGGUGGACUCUGUGACUGCUUUGGCCAACAGAAGACAGCAGAAGUGAUGGUGGACUUAGCACUUAUUGGCCGGCAGCAUCUCUUCCUGCCUCCUUUAGCCCUGAACACUCAUGAAGGAGGCUACUCCAUCAGAGAGAGAGACCACAUGAAGGAGCACUGAGGCAUCAGCCAUGAGGUGAAGAUGCCAUCUUGGACACCCAGCCCCAUCAAACCUUCAGAAGAUCCCAGCCCCAGUUCUUAUCCAAAUGCAGGUACACCAGAGAGCAUGGAGAACCACCCAGAUGCAUCAACCCACAGAUUCCUGAGAGAUCAUGAUAAAUAGCUGUAUCAAGCCUCUAAGUCCUGGUUUGUGCUCAAGGCUUCUUGGGGACCUCUGUGUCUCCUAUUUGUGUCGUAGUAAAGCUUUGUGCUUUGACUUUUAAAAUAUAAACUGAUAAAAACAAUAACUGUUUGUGGUUUCUAUUUUAACCAGUAUACUAUUAUUAAUUAUAUGUUUUGUAUAUAGCAUAUGUAUUUUCUCUUGCCUGUUAACAAAAUGUUCCCUCUGCCUGACCUCUGACCCUCUACUUGUCCUUUGGCCACUGUUCUCAGAUAUUCCUUUCCUUCCACACCCUGGUGAUAGUGGGAGGAGCACCAGAAAGGCUGGAUGGAAGAAUAGCAGCAGAAGGGUAGGGAAGAAAAGAGAGAGCCCAAGAAGGCUUGGGAGAGGAUUUUUGGUGGGUAGCUGAGAGCAAAACAAUGAGAAAGAUAUUUUGGGGACAUUGCUGGGUAUGAGAGAGGUAGAGAGUGAGAAGAAAGAGAGGAAAGGAGUUUUAAGACAUGUGGACUUGAUGUAAAAAGAAACUUGGCUGAUGGUUUCUUUGCAUUGACAGUGCACAGAGGCUAUGCCCAUGGGAGCCCAGUGGUAGGUUACUUAAUAAGCAUGAACAUCUUUGAAAUACUGAGAUAUAUAUGCAUACACUGUAUCUUCCCAGUGUAUGUGUCUGUAAAGCAGUGAUCCUUGCUACCCAAUAUCACUGAGUAAAAGUAUAAAAGAAAUGGAGGUUGUUUGAUUUGCAAGGAACGAAAUCUAUUCAAACUGGCUGAAGCCAAAAUAAGCUCUUGGAGAGAAGCUCUGGUAGCUCAUUGAACUCAGACAGGAAGUAUAGCCGGGCUGCUUGAGGGGUGAUACUAAGAAGUAGAGGUAGACCAGGAAG